AUGCAAUCCCGAUCCCUUCUCGCCGGACGAGAGUCGAGCAUCUUCCACCUCUUUGUCGACAUCUUCACUCUUCUGCUGGCCUCUCUCGUCUACAGUGCCGCCGAGUCUCUUUCUCUACACAUCCCUGCUUUGAUGCGCUGCUCAAAUGCGGCGAUAGGGACACACGCCGCGCAACGCAGUCCGUUCUCCACCCCUCCCGUCCCCGUCGUGGUCCUCGCACAGACACUGAAGGUGGCACACGGCGAUGGAAGUCCCUGGGCCGACAUCCCUCACCGCAAAGACACCCCCCAUCCCAGUCGGCCCACCUCUCCCUACCACACCCACGAAGACGACGCAAGCAGCACUUCCCACUCUCGCCAAAACCUCCUCCGCACCUAUGGCCGCCAAGUCGUCUCCCUCGAGCUCGAGCUCGCUGAACAGCGCGCGGCGGCCGCCGGAGCGUCCACCCGAGCGCAGGCCCUCACGGACGAGCUCGCCUCCACCCGCACCACGCUCUCCGCCGUCGAGCGCGCCGCCGCGGCCGCGCACGCCCGCGCAGCGGCCAUCGAGGCGCGGGAGCUCGCCCGCGACGAGGACAUGGGCCGCCUCCUCGCCGCGUACGUCCAGCGCUGCAUGGAGGUCGACGGCUUCCGGUGGGAGGCGGGCCUGCCGCCGGGAGAGGCGGCGGAGGUGCGCGAGAUGUUCGCCCACACGGCGGGACGGGUGGCGCCUCGGGCGACCGCUGCGCUCGCGAUCGCGCGGGAGGUCGGGCAGAGGAGGAGGGGAUACGGCAGGGCCGACGGGCGGCGGAAGGUGCUCAGCGAGCCGUCGACGGAGCUGCCCUCGCCGCUGUUCGAGCGCGCGCGGACGGAGACGAGGGUGUCGAGCGUGGGGCCGUCGCCGCCGCCGACAGGGGCGAGUGAGAAGGAGACGGCGUUCAGGCCGCCCAGGUUCCCGGACACGCCGACGCACACAUUCGACAGCGCGACCGCCGCCAGCACGCAUUCGGGUGGUUCCCACUCCCCGACGUUGGUAAAAGAGGCGAGCUCAGAACUGGAGCCGACAAAGUCUUCACUUUCACGAAAGUUGUCGAUGGGAUGGGCGCGGUCGAAAGUGACACUGUCCGCGUCUCUGCGCAGACGACCCGAGCCCCUGUUUGCGUCGCUCUAG